AUGUGUAAAUUUACUUCAAAUCAAAUAAUUGAGGGUAUUCAUACUGCUGUUGAUUUUGAUAAUGAAUAUUAUAAAGAAUUAUUUAAUCAAGAAGAUUAUAAUUCUCAUGAAUUUGCUUUAUGUCAAUUUGUUGCUACAUAUAAAUCUCCUUAUACUUUUAUUAAUUCUGAUACAAAUACUCAUUGUAAUGAAAAUCCAAUUUUAAGAAAGCAUAAAAAUUUG